CCUAAGGCAAAAAUGGAAACUCCUUUCUAUCCCUCGAGUGCGUACUCCUUUCCCGAUGCUACUUCUGAGAUAUCUGCCCUACACGCGGCCCUCUCUGAUGUGCUGGAGUAUGUCGGACAGAUCCGUUUCAUAGCAGCAACAGCAGAAGCUGCCAUAGAAAGGAUUCAUAGACGUCUUGAUCUUCUAGAAGAAAUAGCCAGCGAAACAAGCUCAACCCAAGCACCAACCACCCCUACAGGCCCAGCCGCCCCGUGGAAAGAAGAUGAGACGGACUUUGAGGGAGAUAACAUGCAGAUACAUGACAAGGGUGGUCAUUCGGGCCAAUCCUAG